UUCUGUUUUAUAAACAACAGUUAGUAAAGCAACAGAUUUCCCAGCAUCAGUGAGAGAGAGAGUGUGAGUGAGGCGGAGCCAACAAUAUCUGAGCAGAGGGGCGUGUUUCGAGCGCAGACAGACGUUUGCUUUUUCCCGGUAAUGAAAGGUUGGAGGGAGCUUGGAAAGUGUUUCAAACGCGACUCCAACCAGAAAUUAGGCAUGUUCCCGGCGCAGGAGGGAUCGGAGGAUUAAAGGCAAGACUGGGACGGCUGAGAACGCCUUUUGUAUAUGCUGAGGAGUGGCGGUGCGGGAGGGCAAGGGCUGUUUUUUUUAGUUUUAUUUUAUUUCUUGAUCAGAGAAGUUUGAAGUGGAAGCAAGGUGUGCCCGACAGAAACCUGCUGGCGCUGUUGGAGUCAGCCGACUAGCAAACAUGACAGCCACCGCCGCGGAAGGCAAGAGGUUCAGACCGAGAGAGAGCAUCUCGUUUUCCGAGCGGCGAGCUUCUGUGUCCUCGGAGGUUCUGUACAAUGAGCUGAGGGAAAGCUCAGGCAAACCCCUGGUGCCAGGUUUGAUGGACCUACUGACGCAAUUCGCCAAGGCUUUUGGCUACCUCUUCCCCGUCUACCUGACUGGCUAUUUCGGAUUGAGCCUCACCUGGAUCGCCUUCGGGCUGAUCGUGUGGUUCUGGUGGAAGAGGAACAGAGGCUGGAAAUUUGCACGUUGGCAAACAGCAUUGCAGUUGUUGGAAGAUGAAAAGUUUGUGAUUACCAAUGAGAUUAAGCAAGAUCUUCCAGCCUGGGUUCAUUUUCCAGAUAUUGAAAGAGUUGAAUGGUUGAACAGGAUUGUUAAGCAAGCCUGGCCGUAUUUCGGGAUGUAUUUGGAGAAAUUCUUCAAAGACAACAUCGAACCUUCAAUAUGUAGAUCAAAUGUUUGCCUGAAAACUUUCAACUUUACGAAACUCAAUUUUGGAGAAAAGCCACCCAGAGUCUCUGGUGUUAAAGUGUACACUGAUCAAGUGGACAAGCGACAAGUGAUCAUCGAUUUGCAAAUUAGCUACGUAGGAGAUUGUGAAAUUAAUGUGGAAGUGAAGAAAGUGUGUAAAGCUGGAUUGAAGGGAAUGCAGCUGCAUGGCACACUCCGAGUGAUUCUCGAGCCAUUAUCUAGUCAGAUGCCCCUGGUUGGAGCUGUGACUUUGUUCUUCAUUCGCCGACCAGUCCUGGAAAUCAACUGGACAGGGCUGACCAACCUACUGGAUAUUCCUGGUUUCAGUGAAUUGUCAGAUACAAAAAUUCUUGACACUAUUGCUUCCUACAUGGUCUUGCCUAAUAGAUUCACCUGCCCACUAAUUAAUGGUGUCAAUGUUUCUCAGCUACGGUUUCCUUUACCACAUGGUGUGGUGCGAAUUUAUCUGAACAAAGCUGCAGAUUUAAUAAGCAAAGAUACAUUCCUUAUGGGCAUGGUACAGGGGAAAUCUGAUCCCUAUGCUCUUAUUCGAGUUGGCACACAGACAUUUCGCAGCAAAACAAUUAAAGUUAACUUAAAUCCUGAAUGGUAUGAAAUCUACGAGGCUGUAGUUCAUGAAGCCCCUGGUCAAGAUUUGGAGUUGGAACUUUUUGAUGAAGACCCAGACAAGGAUGACUUCCUCGGCAGCCUCGUUAUAGAUCUUGGUGAGGUGAUGAAAGACAGAGUUGUGGAAGAGUGGUUUCCUCUGAACGAUGUGGAACAUGGGAAAGUUCAACUAAAGCUUGAAUGGCUGUCUUUGGUCACUGAUCUAGAAAAAGAACCUAUGACUGUUCCAGGUCAAUCAAAUGCAAUACUGGUUGUUUAUCUGGAUAGUGCAUGUCAUCUGCCCAGAAAUCAAUUUGAGUACACAAAUAAUGAAUCCAGUGUUAAGAAAAAGAACAAAUCAAACUACAUCAAGUCAACAAAGAGGGCUAACUUGGAACCUAGCUGCUCUGUUCAACUUGUUGUUGAAAACAACAUACAAGAAAGUAAGAUUUGCUACAAUACAAAUUCACCAAUUUGGGAACAAGCAUUUGUAUUCUUCAUCAAAAAUGUUCACUCCGAACAGCUAAGCUUAGAGAUCAAAGACAAAGACUGGGAGUGUGCCCUUGGGAUCUUGACCAUUCCUUUGUAUCAGUUGUUGAAAGCAUCAGAUAUGACCCUUGACCAAAGGUUUCCACUAGAACACUCGGGCCCCAACAGCCUUGUAAAAUUGAAGAUGGUUCUUCGGAUACUCACCACUGAGGAACCAGAUCCUGACAGUGUCUACACAGGACUGAAUGCCCUUAAAAAGGGUCCUAUUUCAAUAAAGAAAAAGAAAAAUGGAAGCCAGCCAAACACUCCUCCUCCAACUUUAGGAUCAACAAGUGUUCCAAAGUCAUGUGGUGAUAGUACAGUAUAUGACCCAAUGGAGAAAGAAGAAAGGCAGCCUAAAGAUGCUGACGAAAUUAAAUCAGAACUGCCAAUAUCUCCAACACAAUCCAGCUCAUCAGAUGCUAUAAAAGAUAUGACUGGGACUGCUUUUGACUCGUCAUUCACCAUUUCUACCCUUGACGCUCAGCAGCUGCCAAAUGGUGUGGCCCUUAAUAAAGAAUCUUUAGGCAAAAUCCAGCUCACCGUGCGAUAUUCUACUGCACGUCACAGUCUGAUUGUAAUUGUUCACUGCUGCAGAAACCUGAUAUCCUGUUCAAAUGAUGGAUCAGAUCCUUAUGUACGGCUUUAUCUUCUUCCUAACAAAAGCUGGUCAGGCCGGAGGAGAACACAUGUCAAAAAGAAGACUGUGGAUCCACAAUACGAUGAAAAAUUUGAGUUUACAGUUUCAAUAGAUGACAUUCCAAAACGAAAAUUAGAUAUUGCUGUAAAGAACAACCGGUCAUUUGGAUCCCAUGAAAGGAAAGAACUUGGAAAGGUUUUGAUUGACAUCCCAAAUGAUAAAUUAACCCCAGGUUUUACAGAAUGGUAUAAACUGACCAAUGAUGGAUUGCCAAGCAAAGUGACAGAAAACCUUUAAUGCUAUUAAUCCAGAAGCUCGUUUGAUAUUUAGUGGUUUUGUUUGGUGAAAGAUCUGUAUAUUUUCAUGUUAAAUCACUGAAUGUGCAUACUGUUAAGACUUGACGACCACAUUGCAGGAGACAGAACUGUGUAUAUGCCUACAUUUCUUGACUACGUAUCCAAAAAGGUCAAUUCUUUCACUAAGCCAGGUGCUCUAAUCACUGCUAUAUUCAAGUUAAGUAGCUACAGCUUUAUGGAUAUAGCGCUACAGAAAAGAAGUGCACUAUUCAUCCUCCAGCCUGCACGGCCAAUCGCCCUAGUCAGUUGUAUAUAUAGGUUAAUAGAAAUGUAAUUCAAGUUGUCCUGCACUUUAAAUCCUCGACAACUUUGUCCAAGAUCAACAGCAAAGUCUUGCAAAUUUCAUUAAACCAGGACCAAAGCCUUCUGAAGGAAAAACAAUCUACAUUCCCACUUCCAGUCCUGAAUUUAGAGAUUUGAUACAGUGUUUUUGUUAGUCCACUAAGAUUUAUUUGUUAUAGAAUCUAAAAUGAAUCACUACAUAUCUGAAGCUUAUACAAUUUGAGAGUUUAAGCAAACUAUCAUCAGUUUAGUCCUUCAAAAUACCAGUUAUUGGUUUUAGAGAAAAGUAGUGUGAUCAUUUGUGGUGUAAAGCCUGAAAUGAUAUACAGUAUUCAAGUUCGGGUCCAAUCAAGGCUGUUGGUUCAAAAUCCUUAGCUAAUUGAUGUUACAAAUGAGUUGAUUGGCAAAAAGGGAUGUAGAUCAAAGCCAAAUAAUGGAGCUUAAGUACAGAUCAGUAAGACCCAUCUGAAUAGUCGAAUAGGGUCAGGGGACUGAAUAAUCACAAGAUACAGCAGCAGGAGUAAACCUUGUGAUUACUCCAAAUCUUUAAAUACAACCAUGGUCAAUCUUGGGUAUUUCCUGCGAGUAGCCUGUCCAGUGUUCUAUCCCAUUUAAAAUAUUGGGAUUUUAGAAACCACGCAGUAACUUUACCAAUGUGUACAUGGACUCAAGAUCUUUCACUCUCUCUCAUUUCCCCAUUUCUCAAUCUUUAAGGAAAUAUCUGAUAGCUUAUGUGCCAUAACAAUCUCAUCUUGGCUUUCAUACCCAUUUGUGUUGAACUCAUUGAACUGAGAAAAAUUGACAGUACCAAACAUUUUCUUUACUUUUCUGAAUGAACUAUGUUAAAAAUCUCAUUGCUGAUGUCAGCUUAUACACUAGAUAAAGUUGAUUUGUACUAGUAUUCUGGGUGCAUGCAUUAAUUGAUUAUUUCCCCAGAUCCUAUUUAACUUGUUUUGCUACUAAUUAAUUUUUACAUAAGUUUCCUGGCUUGAGAAACCAACUUUGUACAAGGUACUUUUACUUGUGGAGCUGGAAUUGUCUAAUAACCAAAUAGUGAGUCAUGCUAUUGAUUCACAUUAAUGGGUUAUGGAAAACAAUUUAAGAACUGAUUGACUAAUUCUUACAACAAUUAAAAAUGUUGCAAAUAUUGCCAGUUAACACUUAUAUUAAGGAAAAUAGGUCUAUUUUUAUCGAAGUGUUUACAUUUGUAAAUAUUAUUUGAUGUUGGUUAGAGUAUGCUGCUUUAAAGAAUAUGCUCAUGACUGAGCAUGGCCACUGAAAUGAUUUGCUAUUUGUUAGCAGCUGUAAAUAAACUAAUUUCAAAUAAACAACUGUGUUUACUUGAU